AUGCAAAAGCGCACGCUACCUGUCGACAGAUUCCGUAAUAUGCUUCCAGCAUUUACCAAAGAUCCAUCCAAUCUCGAGAUGCUGCACCCCUUCCCUAACAAUAUCACUGUGGCCCCCAAACCAACAGCACGAAAGUUCGCCCACAGGAUUUUCAACGAUGGAUUCACACCCGGCACACUGGUAUUCUGGAUUCACAGCUCUGCAUGCAACAACUCACUCAACGACCCAGGUACGGCGGUAAUCCGCUACAUCGACUCAGAGACACGCGACUGGCAAGAACAAGUCACCAUUAGCCAUCUGAUCACCCCUGCUGACACCGAGUCGGUCGCUGUGGGGCAAGCUUUGAAUUGUGCAGGGAGGUUGACCGAGUAUCUUGAUCAAACGGUGGUUUUUACGGAUGGUCAGCGUGUUCUGCAUGCUUUGAAGAAAAAUCAGUUCGAAGGAAAGUUUGGUGGGGAGAUCGUUGGGAAGGUGCUGACAAUCGCAAACGCGUUUUUCGAUGGAGGUAUUCAGGUGGACCUGCACUGGUCACCCUAUCCUCCCCACGUCAAGGGAUACCACCGAGUAGAUGAAGUAUCGCGGAUGCAUAGACGGCUGGCAUAA